ACUCCGGUGAGGCCGUGUCUGAAUGUUUGGGCCCUCUCCCGGGCUGCAGAGGAGUCCAUCUUUCAGAAGAGAAGCCAUGCCUCGUCUCAGAUCCAACAGCUUCAAAGACUCAUCGUAAGAACAUGUGGAUGUUUUCCGCUUCCUCCCGAUGCAUCAUGGAAUAAGUUGUAAGAAAGACGGAUUAAAAAAGGAGAAAGUAGGACACCUUGUCCCUGAACAUCCGGUCCCUUCCCCUGGCUGCUCUGUGGCAUAAGGGGUGUGUUUGGAGGUUCACUCCCAUCAGGCUGCCGCUCGCAGAUGGAGGCCCACCAACACUCCCCAGAUAGCAGCAGUGAGGAGUGCACCGUCCUGGAGGCUCCGCCCGGAAAGAAUGCCUGCCCGCAACACGCAGGAAAGGUGGCAGACCUGUACUGUUCAGCCUGCGAGUGUGCGCUGUGUGAGGACUGUGUUUCAGAACAUGCAGAGCACCCUCAGGUGCCCAUCAGCCAGGCCCUGGAGGAGCACCGGAGCAGACUGCAGGAGAGCCUCGGGACUGUCCAGACCAGACUCCCUCAGAUUUCAGAUGCACUCUCCUUUGUGAAAGAGAUCCUCCAACAGCUGACCAAUCAGAGAGCUUCCAUCGAAGAGGACAUCCAGUCCAGCUUUGAGGAUCUGCACAAGCAGCUGGACGUCCGGAAGAGUGUCCUGCUGAUGGAGCUGGAGGUCACGUACGGACUCAAACAGAAGGUCCUCCAGGCCCAGGUGGACAACCUGGUCAGGGGAGAGGGGGACAUCGUGGCGUCUUGUACCCAGACGGAGGAGGCUCUGGCUGGGGAGGCCUGUGUGGCGAGCCUUCAGGUGGAGCGGGAACUUCAAGAUAAGCUAAGGGAGCUGGCUGGCCUCGGGCUGCGAUGUCAGCCUGAGGAGAACGACCAGCUGGACAUGAUCAUGGAGACAGACGGGUUGAGGAAGUCCAUACACAAUCUGGGGACCAUCGUCACCACCAGUGCUGUGGCAAGCCAGAGUGAAGCAAUGGGAGCAGGCCUGGAGCAGUGCAUCGUGGGACACCCUGCUUCUGUUACCAUCGUGACAAGAGACAAGUCAGGGGGAGCAUGCAAGAGCGGCAACGCCAUCCUGUCUGCAGAGGUGUUCACCCCAGAUGGAAGCAUCGUGGACGGGGAGAUCGUGGACCACAAGAACGGGACUUAUGAGUUUGUGUACAUCGUGCCAAAGGAGGGAAGCUUCUCAUUGGCUCUCCGUCUGUAUGACCAACACAUCAAAGGAAGUCCCUUCAAGCUAACUGUCAGCAGAGUCUCAGAGACUGAAGUGGAGAUCCCAGAUUGA